UUGAAGCGGAAGCCGCGUCCGCACGCGCGGUGCGGAGCAGGCUGCAGAGAUGUUGCUUGCGGGGUGGUUGUGGCUGUGUGCUGCGCUCUGCAGCCUCCUCCUGGGGCAGGCCGAGGCCCCGAACCCCGGGGUGCCGCCGGAGCGGAGCCGGCCCUACGCGGUGCUGCGUGGGCAGAACCUGGUGCUGAUGGGAACCAUUUUUAGCAUCCUGCUGGUGACCAUCAUCCUUAUGGCAUUUUGUGUCUACAAGCCCAUUCGUCGUCGGUGACAGCCACAGAAGAUCACCCGGCUUCAAGUCUGGGACAGCAUGAGUUGCACUGCACGUGAGCCCCUGGAGAUGAUGGAAUCAGAACUUGUAGGAAGUGCCCACCGAUCUGGGGGGCUUAGAAAAGCAACUAGCAGUAAUUGUUUCCUAGCCUCAGUAUUGGCUGCUGAGUCGGCAUCUUGGUGCUUUUGUUUGGCUGUGCUGGCUAAAAGUAAAGGCUGAAGCUCCAAGGCUCCUCUAAAGACAUGUCCUUUGCCAAGUGUCCAGAAGAGCUGCGCUGGAGAGCACUAAUCACUAAUGCUUGAAAUAAGGAAGAGGAAGACUCAACAUGUAGACAUCCCCCGCUUUCAACUAUUCUGUCUUGGUGUGUUACAUGGGGGCCAGUAAGAUAGCUCAGAAGGUAGAGGGGCUUGCAGCCAAGCCUGAUAACCUGAGUUUGAUUCUUGGAACUCAUCUGGUGGAAGGAGAGAACUGACUCCCAUGGCUUGUUCUUUGACCUCCACACACGAAUAAGUAAAUAUAAAAACAAAGACGACGUUUCCUUUCUACGGAGGUGCCCUAGGAUACCCUGGUUGAAAAGCCAGUGUUCAUUGUGGAGAACUUAGGCCAUCAUUCCUUGCCUUCAUUGGCGCUGGACUUGAAUGGCCACAAUUGGGCCGGAAUUGUAUCCUAGGUCUGUAGUCACAUGCCCCCCUGGCCUGUCGGAAGAAUAACUCCACCUGACUCAGACAGAUUGAUGUCCCUCACCCGUGGCCUAAAGCUUUUGUAACUUUCCAGAUGGGAUCAUGAGAGACUUAGCUCUCCCUCUUCUCCUGGGUAUAGAGGAGUCAGCUAUAUGUCCACUGUGCAGGCUGCUGUUUGCAGGACUCUCGGCGUUUCUAGUGCUGCUACUGAACUUGAGUUCUCCUACUGAUACUUCUCAUAGUCAUAGAGGGUCGUUAGUAUUUAUUCUGCUAGAUUUAAUUUUGUCAGAAUUGUUGCAAUGCUUAGUCUUGUGUUCCCACAAGCACAGCACUGGUCUUUGUUUUAUUGUCUAACAACCUGUGCUCAAUGUGAAUUCACUGAGGAGGAGCACUGUAACUGUUGGGGUCUUGUCUGUAAACUUGUAACACUGAGCCAUUAAAAUAUCAACAUUAAA